AUGGCAACUCCAGCAGACCAAGCGUGGCCUGAAGCCAAACUGAAGGCGGAGAACGUCGCGUACGGACCGGAGGACGAGGCCGCGGACACGCAGGAGGAAUUUGACGACAGCAAAUACGAUGUCACGAAUCAAAGACGUCGACAGUCGUACCUCGAAUACUUCGGGCUGACUGCGGCCCCAGCGGAGGAGGGCGCCGCUGCCGGGGGGUUGACGGUUCCGGAUUCCGGGCACAGGAAAUCUUCUGCUGUUUCGAUCCUCUUCGACGCUGGCAAAUUCUCUCACUGGACAGAUUUGUAUCAAAAAACUCGAGGAUGCCAACCAGUUCUACUGAAAAAGGUGCACGUGAGAGUUGAGGUUCUCCAACCCGGCCAGGCUCCCGGUGUUCUAGGUGCAAGGGACAUGUGGAUUGCAGUCCAUGCUCAUGGAAAGGCAUGCUAUGGACCGGCCCCCUGCGCGUGUGAUGAUUGGCCAAUGGAUUGCCGACUCGCUAUAGUUAAGAAGCCCAUGAACGAUUUGAUCUACCAGGCGCCCAAUAAGAACUGCACUGAAACGGUGCAAGUGUAUUCGGUGUACACGGAUGUCAAUGGGGAGAGGUAUAUUCGACUGCCCCAGCCCGAUGCCACCGAGUUUUGGGAGAAAGCACCAUGA